GUAGGGAUAGGUAUGUACUUAUUCAUGCUUAUCUCCUACAUCACAAUCGAGUAUUGUGAGUGUGUCACGCAUAACUGCUGCGUUUUAGAUUAUUCUAGGGCGUGUCUUCGCUUAACCCAAUUUCACCUGAGUUAACCCUGUAUGUGAAAGCGUCCUCUGACAUGUUCAUUUAUUCGCCAUUUUUGUAAAGUUUGUGUUUCUGGGUAGAGAAAAAGCAAAAGAAGUUAUACUCAUGUCUACGAAGAAGCAUAUGUCUAGGACGGAGCGGUUGUCCACAGAUUCCAGCAACAACCUUCCGUCUGCACAAGAGAUUGUUAAUUGUACAGAAUUACCUCAGCUAUGUGCAUGGUGUGCAACCGAAAGGGUUCAAACUGACGGCUGUACAACUUCACUACACUUGCAGGAGCGACUUCUCCAACAUCGAGAGACAUUGACUCCGCGCCAACCUCCGCCGAUCACAAUUGCUGAAUCGGUACUCCAAAAAUUUGGCACUACGAAAGACGAACUGUUACAAUUAUGCGACGAUAUCAGAGAAUUUGUCUAUUUGGAUGAUGUCUAUGAGUGGUUGAAAAGACUCAGCCUGACAGAAGACAAAGAAAGGUGGUUGAGCAAGAAAGCAUUCGAAGACAUCAGAAAAGAUUGCUCCAAGAAGCCGGUGCUUUUAAUUGCAGGUAGCACUUCUUCCGGAAAAACAACAUUGCUUAACCUUCUGCUUGUGGAACGACUGCUUCCCACAGGUCACAAUGCUACGACCUCCAUGCUUUGUGAAGUGAGAUUCGGCGAAACAAAACAGGCUAUUGCUCAUUACAAGGAAGGCGAUGACAAAGAAACUAAAAUAUUGCUUGACUUAACUACCCCAGAACACCAAGAAAAUCUUCGUAGAAUUGUUACUUCUACAGGAAUCAGCAGUGAUCAACUUCAAGAAACAUCAGCUGAGAAAGAGGACACUUCUGACGACGAUUGUAGCAAUGGUAAAUGCGUACGAUUAGAAAUUUUGUGGCCCCUGGAGUUUCUAAAAAACGUUACACUGAUUGAUAGUCCAGGAACGACAGAAGACGAUCCAGAAAAUUGCCAUGCUAGAGAGAUGACGGAGAAGGCCCAAAGAGAAGUCGCUUGUGGCUUUAUUUUCGUGUUGGACGGUAGUCGAUCUGCAGAAGAAGCAGCGCAGGUUGGCGAUUUGCUGAAAGCUUUUGAGAAACAAGUGGAAUAUUCAGCUUCACCGGAGUCUGCAAUCUUUGUUUUGAACAAGUGGGAUAUGGUUGAUGAAGAGGCAAAAAAGGAGCAGUUACGUAUUGUUACUAAAUACCUUGAAAGACGAUGGCCAAUGAUUAGACCUUAUCAAGUGCUACCACUCAACUCGAAACAAGCCGAAAUUUGUCUAUACAAGACAGGCACGUCAACUCCAGAUCUGGAAGUAGUCUGCAAAACUAUUACAAAAAUUCUUCCAGAAUCCCUCAACAACAUCAUUAUGAAAUCCUUAAGCAAACCUUGCGACUUUAUUGUCUCUGUUGAAAAUAUGUUGCAAACAACUAUCAGGCAGCUGAAAUUACCUGUUUCACAGAGAAAUGAAUUAAAAAGUAAGAGCAGGGACAAUCUAGAACAGUUUCAAACAUUGUUAAAAGAAAUGAAAGCCAAACUCGAGACGAAAGUUGGCAGCCUUAAAGAUGACCUUUUGCCUUACCUUCAGUCGGACGGGGUUUGUGAAAGCUUUCAUAAUUGGGAUGUAUCUUCUUUACCGGUUGAACAGAAGGCAGCUGUUGAUGCAGGCAAAGUAGAACAAUUUUUGUAUAUGAAGGUAUUUCAGAUUCUAGAUAGCUACUGCAAGGAAAAUGAUCUUCAGCAAUGGGCAAGAACAGCAUUGGAUCGAGAUGUUGCAAAAGCACAGCAAAUGCUGAUUCAAGCAAGCUUGCACAUAAGCGGUUCUGUUCAACCAACAUUUAGAAUCAACGACAAUCAAGACGAUUUAUCACAAACUUCGAGAAUAUCCCAAUUCCUUGCCUUUUGCGCCGGUGUCGGCGUAUCGUUAGGUGCGAGGACUGUCUUAGGAAUGGUCGCAAGGUGGGGGACAGGAGAGUUUUUAGCGACAGUGGCAUUACCAAGGGCCGUAGUUGCAGUUGCAGCACCCUGGUCUAUACUAGGUUUUGUUGGCAGUGUAGUGGCUGUAGCAGUUGCUAAAAAGGUUUGGCAAAGUACUGGCAUCGAAAAAUUUAAAAGGAACGUAAAGCAAGCUUAUGACGAGUUUAUUGCAAAUACUUCACAACUGCAAGAGAUGAUAUUGACGCUGCUGCGGUCUCAUUGCAAACCUGUGCAAGCUGUAUUAGACACACUUCCUCAGAUGCAUAACCAAAUUCAGAAAACCUUAGCCUCAGUCGAAAAGGCAGAGGAGAAAAAUUGUCCAAAGUAUGAAGAAUUGUUAGGCAAAUGCCAAGACCUAAAUGGCAAAUUAUCAAUUUUGACUCUCCAAUGCAUGCCUCACAAGUUUACCAGCAAUGAUAUCUCGUGGCCACCGUCGAAACCAGCAAUAGGUAGUGGAAGUUUUUCUGAAGUUUACAAACUCACCAUUCGUGGAGCGGAUGAAGUUGCAUUAAAAGUAAUAAAACGUGAUAUUACGCAGGGAAACACAGCUUCUGAUGUGAAGAAAGAAUUUGAUGUUUGCAGAAAAUGCAAUCAUGAGAACAUCGUCAAGUUUUUGGGGUCAGUACAACUCUCGUUACACCCUCUGAAGAUAGGAUUGCUGUACGAAUGGUGUGACCGCGGAACUUUGGCUUCUUUUAUUAAAGAUGUCCAAGAAGAGCCAGCUUACACACUACGUGGCUUUUCGAUUGCUCAAAGUCUUGCACUGGAUAUGCUCAGUGGGAUUUGUUACCUACAUGACAAUGGCAUCAUUCAUAGAGAUAUGAAACCUGAAAAUGUGCUCAUAACAGGUCAGAAAAAAGUGCGUCUUGCAGACAUGGGACUUGCGAAGCCAAUCGAACAAGUAAAAGGUACACUAUGUGGAACACUGUGGUACAUGGCACCGGAAGUAUUUCGUGAGAAGCCGUACACAGAACUAGCAGAUAUUUUUAGUUUCGGAAUCAUUAUGUGGGAGCUAUGGCACAAAAAACGAGUUUAUGAAGUCACAAAGGCACCUCCCUUGCAGCUUUUCUUGAAGAGGGUAGAGACAGGUAAGCUACGUCCAGGUGUUGGAAAAUUUAUUGGUGAAGACAUUCCGUAUGAGACCCUUCAGCAACCCAAGCCAGCUACUGAAGUCGCUGUGCCUCAGACUGAAAUUAUAGCGUGGGCAAAUGUUGCAAGAGCCUGCUGGUCAUCAAACCCUGACAGUCGGCCAUCGGCACAUAGAACUCAUGAAAUGAUAUCUGCUAUAACUGUUGGACGCGACGACUGACUACGCAUUGAAACUGGGAAUGCAUGAAUGCCAUUCUUACUACAAAGUGUCAAGUUUUCUUUGCAUUUCAAUGUGUUAUAGGCCGUGACUGAACAUACCAUAACUGCUUUCAAUAUAUGUAGUUGUUGUAGCUGUUUGCAUGUUUACAAGUCGCGAUUGCUCCUGGGCUUUUAUGGUAGCUGUAUCUUAUCUUAUCAUAUAAUUGUCAUUGCAGUUAUUAUGUGAAUGUGAAUUACGUUCUUUCAGAGAAACUGCGGUUAUGAGUUUACUACAUGUUUGCUGUUAAAUUUGGGUGGUUAUUGAGUCAACUAAUUCAACGUGCA